AUGUCAGCUCUCUUGAAACAAAGGGUCAGAUACGCCCCAUACCUCAAAAAGUUGAGAACAGCCGAUGAGUGUGUGGAAUUCUUCAAACACGGUCAGUAUUUAGGCUGGUCCGGAUUCACCGGAGUUGGUGCGCCCAAGGCCAUUCCAAGUGCCUUGGUUAACCAUGUCGAGAAAAACGACUUGCAAGGAAAACUUGCUUUCAACUUGUUUGUUGGUGCAUCGGCAGGCCCUGAGGAAAGCAGAUGGGCCGAGCAUGACAUGAUUUUGCGCCGUUCACCUCAUCAAGUUGGAAAACCAAUUGCUAAAGCAAUCAAUGAGGGCAGAACUCAAUUUUUCGACAAGCAUUUGUCAAUGUUCCCUCAGGACUUGACUUACGGAUUCUACACAAGAGAAAAAGAGAAUGACUUGUUGGAUUUCACUAUCAUUGAGGCCACUGCUAUCAAGGAAGACGGUUCUAUCGUUCCUGGUCCUGCAGUUGGUGGCUCUCCUGAAAUGCUUAGUGUUUCCGACAAGAUUAUCAUCGAGGUGAAUACUAAGACUCCAUCAUUCGAGGGUUUACACGACAUUGACAUGCCAGUGCAACCACCCUUCAGACAACCAUACCCACACACGAGUGUUGACUACAAAGUUGGUCUUGACUCCAUUCCUAUCGAUCCUUCAAAGGUUGUUGCAAUUGUCGAAUCUACCACGGGCGACAUUGUUCCUCCUAACACUCCAGCAGAUGAAGGAUCCAAAGCCAUUGCCAAUAACUUGAUUGAAUUUUUCGAGCACGAGGUCAAAUACGGACGCAUGCCUUCGAACUUGCAUCCAUUGCAAUCCGGUAUUGGUAACAUUGCAAAUGCAGUCGUGGAAGGUCUUGCUGGCUCUAAAUUCAAGAACCUUUCUGUGUGGACUGAGGUUCUUCAAGAUUCCUUCUUGGACUUCUUCGCCUCCGGUUCAUUGGAUUACGCUACUGCUACUUCGAUCAGAUUGACAGAGGCAGGUUUCGACAGAUUUUAUGAAAACUGGGACGAAUUCUCAAAGAAAUUGUGCUUAAGAUCCCAGGUCGUUUCCAACUCUCCUGAAAUCAUCAGAAGAUUGGGUACAAUUGCCAUGAACACUCCAGUGGAAGUUGACAUAUAUGCACACGCAAACUCAACCAAUGUCAUGGGUUCAAGAAUGUUGAAUGGAUUGGGUGGAUCUGCAGACUUCUUGAGAAACGCUAAAUUGUCAGUCAUGCAUACGCCAUCGGCAAGACCUUCAAAAACUGACAAAACCGGUGUUUCGUGUAUUGUUCCAUUUGCUACUCACGUUGACCAAACUGAGCAUGACUUGGACAUUGUUGUCACCGAACAGGGUUUGGCUGACUUGCGUGGAUUAUCUCCAAAGGAGAGAGCUUUGGAAAUCAUCAACAAGUGUGCUCAUCCUGACUUCAGAGCUCAAUUGACAGAAUAUUAUGACAGAGCAAUCUUCUAUGCCAAGAAGAACAAGUGCUUGCACGAGCCUCAUAUCUUGAAGGAUGCAUUCAAGAUGCACAUGAACUUACAAGAGAAUGGUACAAUGAAAUUGGACUCUUGGGAUCAGAAGUUCUAG